AUGUCAUUACAAUCACAAAAUUCGCAUUUCUUUAAAGAAUCGAAACCAGUUUUGGCAGUGAAAGGAAUCUCAGCACCAAAAGUAAUACGUUUGACUCCGCCAUCAAGCAAGUAUACUUCACCCAAGACUACAAAUCCAAAAAAUUCCCCCGUUACUGAAUCCAGCACCAGUCCUUCUAAAUGGCUAGAUUUUAAAUCUCACUCAACUCCAAUAGCAACAAGCAUAGCCACAGAUCCUACUAUUGCUACACUAACACAGUGUAAAACUGUUAAUGCUACAGUUUCCUCACAAAGUCCAACAAUUGGCGUCGUUAGUCCAAUGAUGAGCCAUCGAGUCAUGAAAUUACCACAAAAUAUGAAUACGAACACUGAUUGUGGUAAUCAAAGUGAUGCUUCAACCACUUCUGGUAGUCGUGACUCCGAUAAUGUGAGCGUGAUAUACAAUCCUACUGAUGAGGAUAAAUUACUUGCAACUUCUAGUUCAUCUGAAAAAAUGACAUCUGAUAAAAAAGCUCCGCCAGUGCCAAUGAGAACAAAUAGUCGUUUAGAGACAACUUUUGCUUCAAAUUAUGCUGUGACAACGGCAGAAAUUACGGCACCUAUAGCUAAUACCCGUACACUUCCGGGAGUUACUGAUCUUCAAGAUAUUUAUCCUAUGGAACCUAUCAUACCAAUAAUUCCACCACAACCUUAUAAUAUUGGCGUAAGAAACAGUAGAACAUCUCGACAAAAUGUUCACUCAACAGAAUCUUUGCUUAAUUUUAGUCUUUUAGGAUCUCUUCGAGACAGUUCAACUAGUGACGAUUCUCUCGAUUCUAUUUCAACAACCAUUCGAUGUGCAGCACCUCAUCGUCCAUCGGGAUAUUUUUCCGAGGGAGAAUCACUCUGUACUAGUAACAUCGCACUUCCUGAAUUAUCAGUAGCUGAUGUGAGUAAUGGUUAUAUGAGCGAAGGUGGAAUAACUGUAUACGCUCGUAAAAUGCAAGCGCGUUUUAAAGAAGGUUUAGAAGCUGUACGUGACUCAAUGCGUCAGCGAAAUCAUGACUUCAGCGAUAGGUUUGUUCAUCAGUUUACUUAUUUAAUCAAUUUCAAAUUUCAAAUUAAUUCCAGUACUUUCCUAUUCUAUUAUUGUACGUAA